GAGAAACGAGCAAGGAGGAGGAAUUAGGCAUUUUCGCCUCGGUGCGCGGAGAGGAGAAGCCGGAGAGGCGAUCCCUCCCGCGGUUCUCGACGCCCCUCAUUCCCACGCUAUUCUUCAGGUUUUCCUCUUCCAUUGAAGAAGAGUGGUGGUUUCUUGUGGGAUUUGUGGUCCGACUCAGUUGUCGACGGAGUUUUGGUUCGCCCCUGCGCUUGCUUUUCGGUAGGGAAUUCCAAUGCGGUCUUUUCUCUUUGGGGACGAUUUAUGUCUCUCGUGAUUCGUUGGUUCUAAAUGGAUGGUUUCAGAUGUUGUAACAUUUAUUCAGAUAAAUUCCUGUCGAAAGGAAAAAAAGUUGAUUUGUUCUUCCAAAGCGCAUUCUGCAAUCACUAGAAUUUACAAUACAGAAAUGGUUGCCCAGGGGUUCUCGGUUGACUUGAACAAGCCUCUGGUUUUCCAGGUUGGUCAUCUUGGGGAAGAUUAUGAGGACUGGGUUCACCGGCCCAUCGUUACCAAGGAGAUCCCACGAUUCUUUGCAAAUGGCUUCAUGGAGUGCUUAACGAGAACAGUGUGGUGGGUUGUUCCAGUGAUAUGGCUCCCAGUUGUUUUCUGGUGUCUGACCAUCUCUAUUCGAAUGGGCAACACACUCCCUCAAUUGGUCCCACUGGUGUCAUCAGGAAUUCUUCUCUGGACCAUGAUUGAGUAUUCUUUGCAUCGCUUCCUUUUCCACAUGAAAACAAAAGGCUACUGGGGAAACACAAUUCAUUAUCUGUUUCAUGGAUGCCAUCACAAGUACCCCAUGGACGGACUGCGCCUUGUUUUUCCACCUGCUGCAACAGCCAUCAUAUGUGUGCCGUUCUGGCAUCUGCUGCACCUACUCAUGGCUCCAUCAGCUGCGCCUGCCGUGUUUGGAGGUGGCCUGUUGGGAUACGUUAUAUAUGACUGCACCCAUUACUACCUGCAUCAUGGACAUCCAUCCAAACACCCAGCUAAACACCUGAAGCGGUAUCAUCUAAACCAUCACUUCAAAGUUCAAAACAAGGGGUUUGGAAUAACUUCUUCACUCUGGGACAUCAUCUUUGGCACAUUGCCACCAGCAAAAACCUCUCAUCAGAAAAACUGAUUCUUUUGGACAAUGCAAGAAUAGCUUGUAAUUUAUUGAGAUUCCCUACUGUUCUCUUUGGUGGUUCCUUUUUUUUUUCCUGCAUAUCCCAAAUAAAUAAACAUUGCCCUCCAAUUCUUUCCUUGGAUACAUCACAGAUCAGUGCCCUUGAUCAUCAUGUAUUGAGGGCAUUAUUUGAUGAAAGCUACCUUAUGUAUUAAACUGGUUUAUAUGGAAACAUGAGUUUUUAAUUGGUCA